AUGCCGCUGGGGCUUUUCAGUUCCGGAAAAGCACAAGUGCUCAGCGACGAAAAACCGGCGGGGAGCAAGAAAAAAGAGCCGAAGCAGUUGAGCGAGAAUAAGUGUAAAGGUGAGCACUUUUCCUAUUGGUUUCCCACACAAAAAACCACGUUUUCUAGGCGUAACACUCAAAUUGGACCACACCCGAGUGACUAUCGAAAAACAAAUUGCUGAAGGUAUUUCGCUCUAUCAACAUUUCUCAAUCAAUUACUAAUCUAGGCGGCUUUGCAAUCGUGUACAUUGCGAGCGAUCGCAAAAACAACAAGUUCGCACUGAAACGUCAAUUUACCAAGGAAAAUCAGAAGCAAUUGGACGCGUGCUGCAGAGAACACAGCUUUUUGGUAGGGUUUUGCCAACAUGAUUUAAAAACGAACAAAAAAACGUUUGAAAGUACGAUUUUGUACUAGAGUUGCCGUCUAAGAAAUCGAGUAGAAAAUCAGAUUUCAACGGCCCGGCUAGUGAGGUUAUUCGGGAAGCUUUCGCUCAUUUAAAAAAACAAAUCGGACAGAAAAACCGUCGUGCCGUGUCGCAUCGAAACAAAAAAAGACAACAAUAACGAGGAGAACGCUCGUAAAUGAAUAGUUUGGCGGUGAGCGCGGUAGGUCGAACGGCUCUGUGACAGAAUUGCGGAUGCGUCUAGAAGUGAGUGCGCGCGCGCGUUGUGGUCUUUUGGGUGGACGACAGAGUUAAGCGGAAAUAGAAUUUUAAAAUCCGGAAGACGGCAGACGGCAGACGAAAGAAAAAAUUUUUUACGGAAGACGGAAGAAAACCUUUUUCCCGGAAGACGGCAGACGGAAAACGGAACAAAAAAAACCACGGAAGACGGAAGACGAAAGACCGAAAGUUGGAAAAUAGUGUCACCUGAUUUUAUAUGAUUUUUAAAAGUCAAAUCCUGCAGUAAUAAUUUCCGCGUAUACAUUCCAGUGUCACUAUUUUGCAACUUUUGAGAACAGGUUUCGAUUCGGCACAGUCUACUGCAUCAUCCUGAUAAUUUAUUCAGAAUUUUAUCAAGUCUUUCCAAAAGUACCCUGUCAGAAAAAUACAUGUUCAAACUAACUAGGUCCGGUUAGAAACGCGAAUUAGCUAGCUUGAUUAGAAACGAUUUGCCUGAGUAAUAAAUACAUCGAAGAUUUUCUGUAAAAGUGCAAUGUUGAUAGUUCGAACGUUAAACUAUAAUGCCCUAUCGAAACACAAUUUAUCGAUAGUUCUUGUGUGUCAAACUCUACAUGAGCAUUUUUUCAGAAGCAAUGUGUCGGCCACAAAAACAUUGUCGAGUUCGUCGACAGCUAUGUAAAUUGUUUGGGAAACGGAAUAUGGGAGUGUAUGCUGCUCACCGAAUAUCAUCAUAGUACGUUUUUUAUUUCAAAUUUUGAUUAACUAAAGAACAGAAAUCGAAUGUGAGAAGCUUCAAACUAAAACUGAAAAACAUGCUUACACUUUUCAGAAAACGUGCUGCAACUGAUGAACGAGCGCAUUUCACAAAAUCAGUAUUUGAGCAGCGAAGAGAUUUUAUCGAUUUUUUGUGAUUUGUGCGAAGCGGUCUUUUUCAUUCAUCACAGGCCGCCACCGAUAGUUCACAGAGAUUUGAAGGUACGGAAUUGUUUUGAAGAAAUCAAAAAUUUCAUUGAUUUUCAGGUUGAAAAUGUGCUUAUUUCGUCGCACAAACCUCCGAAUUAUGUGCUGUGCGAUUUUGGAAGUGCGACGACGCAGGUAAAAUUUAAAAAGUCGAUAAGGCCUACCGAGGUCUUUACUUUUGACCCACUUUCCAUGAUCCGAUCGAGCCCAAAAUUUGCAGACUUUUUGGACUUGGAUUGAAGUGUGUUGGGCCCAAGUUUCAGACCCAUCCGAUCAUCCGGUCCCGAGAUAUACCGGGUUUUAUCGAAAGUUGCUACCUGUUGGCCCUCUGAUCCACAUAUCUCGGGACCGGAUGAUCCGAUCGGUCUGAAACUUGGACCCAAUAUACUUCAAUCCCAGUCCAAAAAGGCUGCAAAGUUCGGGCCCGAUAGGAACAUUGAAAGUGGGUCAAAAGUCCAGACCCUCUUAUAAAAAAACAUAAAAACUAUAUUUGAAUCGUCCUCACUCUUAUGAAAAAAAUUUUGCAGAUUUUGUCCGUUGACAAAUUCGGUGUGGAAUACGUGAAAUCCGAAGUGGAGAGAAACACGACAAUGUGCUACCGCUCGCCCGAAAUGAUCGAUUUUUAUAGUGGACAAGUGUUGGGUAACUUUUCACUCGAAAAAUUCAAAGAAAUUCCAAAUUCACCAAUUUCAGGCCUAAAAGGAGACAUUUGGGCGAUGGGCGUGCUCCUCUACCGCCUCUGCUUUUUUAGUGUUCCAUUCGACGAAUCUCCGUUGGCAAUUCAAUCGGGCAACUACCAAUUUCCGAGUUUUCCGAAUGUUCCCGACGAGAUCAAAGUGCUCAUUUGUGAGUAUUCUAUGUUUUUAUAUUAAAAAGUGUAUACAAUUAUUGGAUAAGUUUAUCGAUAAAACCCACUGAAAAACUUUUGCAACAAAAAAAUUGGUUUGCCAAGUCCAAUUUCCGACCAGAUUAUCCUAAAUCCUCUCGGAGAUUAUAUUGUUAGUCAGCGAAAAAAAAAGUCUUUGUCAAAUGAUAAUACUAAUAACAUAAUCCCAUAACACUUUUUUUUUGCCAUUUUCACAUCCCAAAGCACUUCAUUUUUUCUGUUAUUUGAAUCGUCUUCACUCUUAUAAAAUGGAAGUGGAAGUGGAGAGAAAAUCGUAUUUCAGAUGUAGGUUUUCAAAAAAAAGGUGCUAACGAACAAUUAUCGAUUUUUUCGCAUUUACAGACAUGAUCCUCGAUAUUGAUGUGAACCGUCGUCCGACAAUUCUUCAAACUUCUUCGCUGGCCUUCGAGGCGCAUCGAAAAGCGAUGCCGAGGGAAAUGGAAGAGAGAAAAGUUGGUUUUUGCCAUUUUCAGCGAGCGAUUUGUGUUUUUCCAGCGCCAAAGCGUUAUCUUUGCACAAUUUCCGAGAAAAAGCGCACGUUUUGACUGUUUUACGACGAGAAAUGGUGUUGAACUGUUGUUUUCGACAUUUUUCAAAAAAAAACCCAAUUUUUGACGUCUUCACAUUGACAAUGACUGAAGAAAUCGAAGCAUUUUCACACGAAUACUCAUCACGCUAUCACUUUUUAUGCUCAAAAAAAGAAAAAAAGAAAAAACCGGAAAACAUGGCUAAAUUCCACAUUUCUCAUGAAAAGUGCAGUAGAGCGCACUUGCAGACCUCGCUGGCAAUACUACUAAUAAUAUAGGCAACACAAAAUAAGCAUUUUCACGCAGAAAAUUCGAUAAAAUUGGCAGUUUCAGGAAAUUUUUUGGAAAAGUUCACAUAGUUAUACCCUAAAAUCGUGUUUUCUCAAUCGAAGAAUUUCUCGAAUUUUUGAUGUUUGGUUUUACUCUUGAAUUCCUAAAGUAUUGUCAUUUCACAUAAUUAUUUGCAGUCGACCGAAGUGUGUCCGAGCCUUGACGCCUGUCUCCGAUUGAUGCGUGACGGCGGAAAACCGCGCAAUCAGAAGGACGUCUCGCCGCCGCCGUCACGUGCCGUAGCCCCGCCCCUUUCGAUGACUCCGUUGGCGCCGUCCGCAAUUGUCACGUCAUCCGCAUCCACGUCAUCUACAGUCCCCCCUUUGGCCCCGCCGACCACGUCUACAGUAACCGGCGAGACGUCGGUGGCGCCACGUCUUCGGCCGAAAGGAAGCGCCGUGCCGAUGGUGCCCAGUAUUUCACCGGUGCCCAGUGCAUUGAAGGUAAUUACUUUUUGGAUAAAUAAUUUAUAUAUAGUUGUUUGGAUAAAUAUAAGUUUGCAGCUGGGUAAGGACGAGACCGACAACGGACAAUUCAAGAAACCGGCCGAUCUGGUGCACAGACAAUCGUUUUCCGGAGAGGAUAAUCGAUUGAAAGCCGUGGAAGGGGCCGGCGGGGGGCCACUUUCGUGUCCGUUGAUCAAACCCGCCGACUUGGGAUUCACCGAUUUGGGUAAGUAUUGAGAACAAAACGAUUUUCGCGAGAUUUAUCAAUGAACAUGCCAAUAAUAAAUUUCAUUUUCAGACAAGCCGGCGCUACCACGUGACCGUGCUCAAACCGAUGGAAAACGACGAAUUCCGCCGGAAGCCGAGGCGAUUUUCCAGCAGCAACACCGUCGAAAUGUCAGCGAUACGAGUCAGAUUUCGAGAAGCGCCUUCAAGUUCGUCGACACCCUUUUCUAGGCCUAUAAUGCGUCUAUUUUCAAAUUUUUCAGGCCGUACAGUAGUCAGCAAUCGAAAGCGUGUUCGUCGCAAGUGCGAAGUGUGGAGGAUAUGUCGAAUCGCGCGAAAAACAGAGGAUCCGGAGAAUGGAAUCCGUUUUUAGAGGCGCCCUUUUCGACGAAUUCACAACAGAAGCAAUUGUCGAAAUUGACAAUGGACGACUCGCAUUUCGGAAUGGUUUUCGAUGAAAUUCGAAGGAAAGGUACAAAUUCGGUCCAGGCUUUUAAAGGCCUGGAUUUGACCCACUUUCAAUGAUCCGAUCGGGUCCAGACUCUGCAGGCUUCUUGGGGUUGGAUGGAAGUAUAUUGGGUCCAAGUUUCAGACCGAUCCGAUCAUCCGGUCCCGAGAUAUUGGCCGAAAAGGCCGCAAUUUCCGGCAUCGGGACCAGAUGAUCCCAUUGAUCUAAAACUUGGGCCCAAGUCCAAGAAGCCUGCAAUAUUUCGGUCCGAUCGGAUCAUUGUAAGUCUGCAAAAGUCCACGCCUUUUGCCCAGCCCUCCUUCUUCUGUUAAAAAUGUAUGUUUGUAAGGCGUACCUCCGACGACGGACCCUCUGGACUCGGACACUUCGUCGAUCGACUCGCGGGACCCGUUCGGCGCGGCGCCGUUCGAUCAGCUGACGGUGUCGACGUGCUCCUCGUCGGCUCCGCCAAUUUCCAUUCCCCCAGGUAGUAAGCCCCGCGCACUUUUGGCUCCCGCUCCACAAUCUCCUCUCCUUAGGCACGUACUAACAAAAGCACCGCCCGUGCCGCAACGCACCACUUCGCGCGGAUUUUUGUAGACGAAACCCCAGCAUUUGUGCCUUGCUUUACCCAAUUUUUACGAGAAAAUUACUGUAGUUCCGCUCCUUUUUCCCCCUCCAUCCCAAUGAGAUUUUAGUUUUUUCUUCUCAUUCUCUCUGCUGAACAUUUGCAUGUAUGCGUGUGUGUGUGUGGAAUGUAAAUUCGUUGUGUACAUAUAAAUUGGUUCUUUUUUGGCUGGGAAAUGUUUUGAAUGAAAGAUUUUCAGCCAAUUCUGAGGACGACGAACGGCAAUUACUCAGCGAAAGCGAAAAUGAAGAGGAGGCGAGAGAGGAGGUGGAAAUCGAGACGCAGACAGCGAAAGAGACGAAUGUGAGUGGAAAAAAGGUGUCCUAGCUUAAAUACAACAUCGUUUUUUUUUUAUUAGUGGUAUCGAGGGCUGGCCUAGCUUUUUCUAGUCCCCCAAUGCAAUUGUUCAGUAGUUUCUAUCAGACUUGCCAAAUUACGGGCCGGCCCGGCCCGGCCCGGCCCGGCUCAAAAGGCGCGAAUUCAAAUUUUUGGGGGAAAUCUAUUAUUUCGUUUUUUCUUGCGGAGAUCAAAAUUAAAAAAAAAAAUGCUGAAGAGGAUAAUUCAAAAUUGAAGCAAAAAAAGAUCACUCAGUUCAACGAAAAAAAGCUCUCCAGCAAUCAAGUUGCGAAAAUCACGGAUGCAACUGCGAAGUUCUGUCUGAGAAGUGGAAAGUCGUUCAAUUUUUGCUUUUUUAUGCUCGAUACUUGCAAAAUUUGUUAGUUCUACGAAAAGCAAACAUUUUUUUAAAUCAAUAGUUCAAAAUUUGGAUUCCCGCUUUUUGAACCGAGCCGGAGUUUUGAAAAUUUCGGCCCGGCCCGGCCCGUGGCAACUCUGGUUUUUAUCACUGUGAACGCACUUUUUUGCAGUAUAUAAACAAUUGUUGCUUUAAAUUUCGGUGCGCCAACAUUUUUAAGGAAACGCGAUGGGACUACAAAAAGCUAGGCAAGCCCUCGAAAUUCAGGGCCAAAUGAGCGCGGUCUCUAACAUUAUUGGAGUUUUUGUAUUGCAGACCGAGGAAGACAGUGAAAUAGACGAGCAACGGAUGAACGACCGUCGUCGAUACUCGUACGAGAAUAUUGACGGAGUGGGCGACGACGCGAGCAGCGACAGCCGCGGACGCACCGAUCGAGACGAUUCGGAAGAAGAGGAGGAGGAGGAGGAGGGCGACGCCGACAGCAGGGUACGGUAGACGUUCUUCCGAAUAUUUGAACUCGGUAAAACACCGCAACUUUAGCGCAAACCUAGUUGCGCAAAGUUUGCGUAAGGUUGGUAGCAAAGCAAAUUUUUUUUUUGCGCAAAAGUUGCAGAGUUUUACCGAGAAUGUAACUUUGGUUCAAGUUCGAAGUCCCUUGUAUCGGACUUGAUUCUAUAAAGUCUGGUGACACUUUCUCUCCCACUUUAUGACGAAAGCUAGAUACAUAGAUUCAAGGUUUUUUUCAUUUUUGCAGCGCGGCGACGACACGUCUCUCGACGAAGACUCUCAGAAUACGGUAGGAAGUGAGGACGGCGAGGGCGGAAGUCGGCCACUUUUGGAAGACGACGGACUCGAGGACGACGACGAUGUUAGUUGACUUUUCUCAGUGUGUUCAAAUGGUUUCGGUUUUGCAGCACGAGUUGAUCUCCUCGUUCUCCUCCUCCUCGCACACUUUCCCGCCGCUCUUCAUCGGCACCUCGUCGCCACUUCUUCAGAAUCCGACGACGAAUCCGUUUCUACGAGACGAGCUCACUCCGAAAAUGAUUUCUCCGAGGCCGACGGCGAACGUUCGCGACUCUUCGUCAGUCGACGACGAUUGGGAUCUGGGCGAUCGAUGGACAGACCGGAGGGAUACGGUAUUCGAGAGACCGGCGCAGCAGAGCGCAUUUGCACCCGCCACACUUCCACGACAAGUCACCCCCCUGGCGGCGGUUUGUAAAUUGAAGGUUAGGCUUUAUAAAACAUUUUUUAAAUACUCGGAGAAGCCUCACCCUGAUUUUGAAACAUUUGGGCUAGAAUCCGAUGGAGUUUUCUAGGCCAAAAUGCUACUUCGGGUCUCGCCACGAUCAGAGAUUACGGUAAAAUCAAAAUUAAUUGUUCUCAUUUCAGCCGGACCUUCCCACCGCGGCGCCCGUCUCAAUAAUUCCCUCAAUGUCGACGACGUCGUUUCCGGAAGCGGUCCGCGUUUCAGAAAGUUGGUUUUCUAAAAAAAAAGUUUUCGCAACUUGCCGUUUCGCAACCGUCCCGGCUCAGCAUGGCCCAAAAAUCAGCGAUUGGCGUCUUUCCGCAUGAAAUAUCUGCCGGUUACGGAAUUGGUUGCGAGACGAAAUUCAACAGUUUACCUCAAUUUUUUUUCAACAAAUUGUAUUUCCAGACUCGGCGCCAUGUGAGCCCAUAAUCGGAACCCUAAUAUCAGUGGGAGCACCCACAGACCCACCGAAAUCGAUUCGACUCGAAUCGCCGCCAAAAAAUCACAAAAAACCGGAAAAAUUGGCAAAAAAAGAGAAGAAAAAGGAGAAAAAAGAGCACAAAAAGGGCAAAGAGAAGGAGAAAGGAUCGUCGGAAUUGGAGACGGACGGCUCCGAGGCGGAAAUGUGGGCCGCCGACGGAGGAACGCUUUCGAAACGGAAAAAAGUGAGUGGGCCAAGAAUUGUGACGAUAAUUUUCGUGAUUUUCGAUUGUUUUUUUGCAGAAGAGCACAUUCGGACUCCGCUCCUCGCACCCCUCAAUCGGCGCCAACGACCUUCCGUUUGUGGCGACGGUGGCCAAAAGAUCGUCUAGUACGUUCCAUUUUUUUAAGAAACAUUUUCCCAAAAAAAAUUCCAACAUUUUGCAGAAGACAAAAAAGCGGCUGUAAAAAAAUCGAGUGUAGGAAAUGUGCUCAACGCCUCGUUUGUGAAUACAUCGUUUCAACCGGAAGAUCCGGACGCUCAUACUAAUCUGUAA